CUCCGCGCCUAGAUGGUCGCAUUGUUGGUGGCCAGCCUAUAAACAUAACAGAUGUUCCAUACCAAAUCUCGUUACAAUUAUCGUUUCUAAUAUUCUUGAAGCAUAUUUGCGGCGGUUCACUGAUCUCGAAGGAGUGGAUACUAACGGCAGCGCAUUGCACCCUUGGAAGGAAAGCUAAUCAGCUGCGCGUGCGGUUAGGUACCUCUGAAUCUAAAAAAAAUGGGCAGCUUCUCCGAAUCAAAAAGAUAGUUAACCAUGAAAAAUUCAAUCUCUCAAAUGCGGAUUAUGAUAUUUCGCUGUUGCAGCUGCAGGAACCAAUUGAAUUCGAUGAGACCAAGCAGGCAGUUAAGCUGCCGAAGCAGGGUCAAGAGUUUCAGGACGGCGAAAUGUGUUAUGUGAGCGGCUGGGGCCAGACAUGGAACUCUAAUGAGUCAGAGGAGUGGUUGCGGCAGGUGCAAGUUCCGCUGUUCAACCAGGAGGAGUGCAACAAGAUAUACGGUGGUGUGACAGAUAGCAUGAUCUGUGCUGGCUAUUCGGAAGGAGGCAAGGAUUCCUGUAAGGGCGAUUCUGGUGGUCCCWUGGUAAAUGGGGGCGGCGUGUUGGUGGGCGUGGUGUCCUGGGGCACUCCGUGCGCGAAACCCAACUAUCCGACCGUAUAUGGUAGAGUAUCCUUUGUUCGUGAAUGGAUCAGGGAACACAGCGGUGUUUGAUUGGCUAACUGAUUGAAUAAAUUAUCUGAGUAUGCAGCAA